UUCUCCUCUCAGUUGAGCGUUUUCUUUUCUUGUCUGAAAACGCAAAAAAAGAAAACAGAGCAAAUUAGAAGCGGCGAAAAAUAAAUGGGUAGACUUGAGCCACUUUCGGAGGAACCCAUAAACGAAGAAGACGACUCUGCGAACAGCUCAAAGAAAGGAAUGCGUCAGACAUGGCGGAACUGGAUCAAAACCCAUCUCUCUCUCGUCUUCACCAAAAGGUCUGACCUCAAAAUCCUCCUCAGCGUUCUUGGUUGCCCUCUUUUCCCUCUCUCUCUCCACCCUCAACACUCCAUUCACGAGGUGUCCUCCUCAGCACAAUACAUAAUACAACACUUUACGGCGGCCACCGGUUGCCGGAAACUAGAAGGUCCGGUGAAGAAUAUAUUUGCCACUGGAAAAGUGACGAUGGCGAUGGGGGAUCACGACCUCGGCUCUGCCGGGGUCUCGGCAGCCGGGGCUGCCAGCAGUACAGUUUGCCAAAAGGGGUGCUUUGUAAUGUGGCAGAUGGUUCCCAACAUGUGGCUGAUUGAGCUGGUGGUGGGCGGGCACAAGGUCAUUGCGGGGAGCGAUGGCAAUGUCGCUUGGCGGCACACGCCAUGGCUUAGUGCACACGCCGCGAAAGGUGGCGUUCGCCCUCUCCGGCGAGCUCUUCAGGGAUUGGACCCCUUGGCAGUAUCGGCUGUAUUUUCCCCGGCUCAGUAUGUUGGCGAAAAGCAAAUCUCGGGCAUUGAUUGUUUCAUGUUAAAAUUGUCAGCUGAUCAGACGGACCUGGCCGAGCGUAGUGAUAGCACGGCUGAGAUGAUCAAGCAUGUGAUAUUUGGUUACUUUAGCCAAAGGAGUGGCCUACUUGUCUAUUUGGAGGAUUCUUACCUGACUCGGAUCCAAUCCCCCGGGACCUACCCCACCUAUUGGGAAACCACGAUGUCAACGAAGAUCGAUGAUUAUCGGGCGGUGGAGGGCGUGAUGAUCGCACACACUGGUCAGACAAACGUGGUCAUCACACGGUUCGGGGAUAAUCUAAAAUCAGGCCCCGCAAUCACGCGGAUGGAAGAGACUUGGACCAUUGAUGAUGUUGCAUUCAACGUCCCUGGACUCUCCUUAGACUGUUUCAUUGCUCCUAACGAAGUACAGAAACAUUACCCUGAGGAAAAGCUUGAUUGGAGAUCGCCACUACAGUGUUGACUACAAUGAUUGACCAUGUCAGAAUCCAACGGUUCUCAUUCGCUCCUCAAGAAUGCUAUAUAUAUAAUAGGCUUUGACUAAAAGUGGUUUUCCCUUAAUUGUUGUGUAUAUCUUUUUAUCCUAAUUUUCCACGUGGCAAAAAGCAGUUAUAGCAAUAUUUUAAUAG